UCUGCGCGUGCGCAGCGGUGGCACCGGCGCGGUCGGUGAGCGGCGGGGCAUGGCGGCGGCGGCGGCGGCGGGCGGAAGCUGGUUCCUGGCUCUGGCGCUCGGGGUGUCUCUUCUCAAAUGUCUCCUCAUACCGACCUAUCAUUCCACAGAUUUUGAAGUACAUAGAAACUGGCUUGCCAUCACUCACAAUUUACCAGUUUCUCAGUGGUACUAUGAAGCAACUUCUGAGUGGACCUUGGAUUAUCCUCCGUUCUUUGCUUGGUUUGAAUAUGCACUUUCACACGUUGCCAAAUACUUUGACCAGGAAAUGCUGGUUAUCCAAAAUUUGAACUACUCCAGUCAUGCAACAGUCUUCUUCCAAAGACUUUCUGUCAUUUUUACAGAUAUUCUCUUUGUGUAUGCAGCCCAUGAAUGCUGCAGAUGUGUAAAUGGGAAACAACCUGGAAAAGAACUUCUGGAGAAACCAAUGUUUGUUCUUGCUGUUUUGCUCUUAUGGAACUUUGGCUUAUUAAUUGUGGAUCAUAUUCACUUUCAGUACAAUGGCUUUUUAUUUGGAUUGAUGCUUCUUUCUGUUGCUCGAUUAUUUCAGAAAAGGCAUUUGGAGGGUGCUCUUCUUUUUGCUGUUCUCCUGCAUUUCAAACACAUCUACAUCUAUGUAGCCCCAGCCUAUUGUGUAUAUUUGUUACGAUCCUAUUGUUUCACUGCAAAUAAGGCAGAUGGAUCCCUGAAGUGGAGCAGCUUCAGCUUUCUUCGCAUAACUUUGCUGGGAUUGAUUGUCUGCCUUGUUUCUGCUCUUUCAUUGGGACCCUUUGCAGUUCUGGGCCAACUGCCUCAAGUCAUUUCACGGCUUUUCCCUUUCAAGAGAGGCCUCUGCCAUGCUUAUUGGGCCCCUAAUUUUUGGGCUUUGUACAAUGCAGUCGACAAAACAUUAGCAGUUGUUGGUAUAAAAUAUAAAUUCCUUGAUCCUGAAAAGAUUCCUAAAGCCUCAAUGACAGGUGGAUUGGUUCAAGAAUUCCAGCACACCGUCCUUCCUUCUGUGACUCCACUAGCAACACUAAUUUUUACCUUCAUCUCCAUAAUGCCCUCUGUUUUCUGUCUUUGGUUUAAACCCCAAGGGCCCAGAGGCUUUCUUCAAUGCCUGAUACUUUGUGCACUGAGCUCAUUCAUGUUUGGCUGGCAUGUGCAUGAAAAAGCAAUACUCCUCACUAUUCUUCCUUUGAGCUUGUUGUCUGUGGAGAGCCCAAAACAUGCUGGCAUUUAUCUGACUCUGACAACUACAGGGCAUUUUUCGCUCUUCCCAUUGCUGUUUACUCCACCAGGUAAAGUCCCAUGCUUCUGCUGCUUCUCUCUCUCCCCCUCCCCCACUUCAUUUAAUUUUAUUUCCAUUUUUUCAGUGAUAGCUCUGCUGCCAGAAACUAAGUACACAGUGCUGGGCAUUAAACUGUGUCUCCAAAAGCCACUUGCAGAAAGGUGCCCUGUGAAGGAGGAGAAACUGGGUUUUGGGCAGUAACAAAAACACACUAAAGAGCAAAGUGUAAGGUUUGGGUUGUGCACACAAGUGCAGGAUGGAUGAUUUAAAUUGCUGAUUUAAAUCGGCAGGUAGGAAUCAUUAAUUUAAAUAAUGUUUGUACUUUUUAGUUAUUUUCCUAAAGAGAGGCCAAUUCUCAUUCGUUGAUAACCAUUAAAACGUUGAUUUGCAACUAAAUAUAACCGUUACAAUACAUUUGGUGCUUUUUGCUAACCAGGAGUAUACACUAUAUAGCUAUACACAUUUAUUUAAGCAAUUAUAUAGCUUAGCUUACAUUUAUUCAGAUU